AUGCUAGCAUGUGAAAGGAAAGAGAAACCAAAUAUGGCCGCCACCACCACCAACAAAAAGAUGAUCACUGCCUUGCUGUUUAUGUUCAUGGUGGUGAUAGCGUCGGCUGUGCCCGAUCGGGCCGGACAAGUUACGAACCUGCAAGAAGCCUGCAUAACCAGAUGCAUGGACAACUUAUGCCCCGACAAGCCGAGGAGCUAUGCUAUUUGUGCUUUGGAAUGCGAUGGAUACUGUGCAGGUGCCUGCUUUGGAGGUCCUGAAUUCUGCUAUUUCAAACCUGGGAUUCUGAUGAAGCUCUAA